AUGCCAGAUAGGAUCCCUUUCCCAAUCCCGGAGAGAAUUUCUUCUCUGAUGCCAGCAACCCGCCGUCAGGCUUUGCGUGGCCAUCAGGAGAGAUCGGUCAGCAAUUCAUCAAAACUCUCUCAGGUUUCGCAAGAUUCGCUGCAGUCAACCACAUCGGACUUCCUUGACGCCAAGAUCGCUGCACUUGAAGAUGAGAAGGAGUACAUCAGUUGCAUCAAACAGGGCCUUGAUGAGAUUUCGUCUUCAGGGCUACUCAGCAGUGAUGCGUUCCAGACAGAGAUCGGUCCUGUCUUGAGAAGAUUCCGAGCAACGUCGCAGACUCUCGAUGUGGUCAAGCGCCAACGGACAUUGAUCGAGGAAGACUUAGAAGUGGAGGUCAAGCGUAGAAGGAUCACCGGACCCUCAGACGAUGGACUUGUUGAGAGGGCAUACGUGGAUACGAUUAUCCCACGUGUUAUGGGCGCGGCUGCGAAGAUUCGGAAACACGCCUUCGACCAGAAAAAAUUCAAGAAGGAAGUAAAUCGAUACUACGGCUUGACGACCGAGUGUGUGGGAGAGACAUCUUUCUGUCACGUUCUCGGAUUUUUCCUACCCGCCCCUUCAGUCAAGGCAGCUCAUCUGGUGCCUAAGUCCUUGAGCCAAGCAGAAGUGUCCCAUAUUUUCGGAGUUCAGGACGGUGUGCUCUCUGAUCCACGCAAUACAUUAUUAUUAUGCAAUCCCAUUGAAUCCCUACUCGACCAAGGGGUGAUUGCUGUCAUUCCAAUUCCUGACUCGAUAACUGAGCCAACCACGUGGAGAUGUGUUGUGUUGGAUGAGUCGAAAAAUGAAAACUUUGUUUACAAGAGGGAGUCAGGGGAAAUAAUCAAGGUCAAGCACCUCGAUGACCGCAUCUUGAGUUUCCUUUCUGAGAAUCGCCCUCGCCGAAGAUACCUCUAUUUCCGUUUCCUGAUCUCCUACCUCCACGCUAAGCGAAUGAAUCUCGGUGAUACAACUGAAAAGGUGGAGGCUCGAAGAUUCUGGCCGUCCGGCGGUGAAUAUUUGAACAAGUCCACCCUCAAGACCCUCGCUCGUUGUGUCUCGGGAUGUGAGCUCCCUGAUGAGUUUGUUACGAACAAGACCUUUGAGGGUUCAGCCAAGGAGUCUCGCAAUCUACAGGCAGGUAUGAUCCUUGGGGCGGAUAUCCGAGAUACUAAUCCUGACGACCGUGGUGCGUUGAUCGAAAGUAUGAAGCGGCUCUGA